CAGUUCGUCAAUUACAAUUUGAACAUUAAUUUUGAGGUAAUUUAAUAAAUAAAUCUGCAUUAAAUGAGACGAAGCAAAUGCCCGUCUUGUAAAACUUGCAAUUCAAUACAAGCGAUGAAUGGCGUCCCAGUUUCCAUGGCAACGCUGGACUAUGAGGCUGGAAACCUAUGCCGCAAACGAUGCUGGGAACACUCGUCUGAAUUUUCACAGCCAAAUAUUCUCCAUAAGAAAGGAAAAUGUCAGAUAAAAUGUCAAGGGUCCCAGAACAUAAUAAAGCGGAACAAGUUAUAUUGAAUCACAUUGCUAGUUUUAGACGACGAUACAAUUCCUUAUAUCCAAGAGGACCGUUGUUACUUCUGACACCCGGAAAUGAGAAUCACUGUAAGAAGAGCAUCAUCAGUUUUGUUGUCCCUUCUUUGUUACCAUAUGCACAGCUGCUCAACGUCACCAGCGCAGCAGAAGUCCUGGCUGAUCUUAUCACAUACUCGCCUCCUUCAAAAAGUUCUCCCAUGCCUAGUAAGUUACGUCAGCCAGCAAUGGUGAUGGAAAAACAAACGGGUGAAGGAGCUGAGUGUGCCAUAGUACUAGCCUCAAUAUUGUUGGGAGCUGGUUACCAAGCCUUUGUUGUCCAGGGACAUGCUUUAGAUUCACUUGUUUCUGCGGAUACUUCAACAAAAGCUUGUCCUUAUCUUGAUACCGAAGAAAAGGAGAAGGCUGCUUUAGAGGACACUUCUCCAUCCAAAUACACAGUAAGACCGCCACCAGACAUGAGAAGUAGAUAUGUUCUUAUCAUGGAGGAGAGGGCUAGGAGGAGGAAAGCAUUUGAGGAAGAAGAAAUGGCUAAAAUGAAGAAAAAGAAAAAAAAGGACCAGAAUGAGACAGAACCAGACACUUCAGUGGACCUCUCUUCAUCUCUUCAUUUUUGGGUUUUGGUCUUACCUCCUGAUCGUGAGAUUGACAAACCUACUUUUGUGGAACCAACGACAGGUGAAGUAAUACCACUGAUACCUUCUGUCAAUCAUUCGUACACAUGCAUUCAUGCUGUCUUCAAUGAAAAGAAUUACUGGGCAUGCAGACACUAUGAAAAACACAUCACGGAUGAUAUGUUUAACCUCAAUGACUGCUCCAUAUGGAUCGCACUUAUGGAGGAAAAUCAAGUAACUUCGCCAACACCUACUAAACAGAAGCAACGUACACCUUCAGGAGAGGAACAUACACAACAUGAAGAAAGUGCGCAGGUGCAGCCCCCUAAACGGACUGGGAGCGAACUUUCAAGCUCUUCUAGGGUUGCACAGGAGAGAGACAGGAAGAGAAAAGAAAAAGAACUAAAAAUUCCCAAGACUUGGGCAAGGCCUGUUGUUAUCAAGGAGGAAGCACUGCAUCUGCGUUUUCCAAGAGGAUGGAGAGAAGAAAAGUAUAAGCAAACACUUGUUCGAAGGUAUUCUCCUUUUACACAUAAAUGUGGAGCAACUUUAGUACUUACAAUAUAUUCAACGUCAGGUGCUCCAUCUGAGAUAAGAGAACAGUUUGAGAGACGAGAGGACGGACUUGUGACACGUGUAACAGAUCUCGUGAAUGGUAGAGUAGUGGAAACUUUUGCUAGUAGUCGCAAAGACACGCUGAAAUAUCAUGAAUACUGGAGGUCUCCUUCAUCAUUAAAAGACAUAGCCACAGCAGAUGGAGUUGGUAAUCCUUUAUCAGCUGGUACAAAUAAAAACCACACAGACAACAGUAGAAAUGAUACAUCUAGUCAAGAAACUUUCAUGUUCCAUUCCAAGUUUCGAGUGGAUGCAUUAAGGUGUCGGAUCAUAGGAGGGACUAAGUGGCGUGAGGAAUAUGAUGAACGUGCAGACCUGCUGCUGGCUCGAACUGUGUACUUUGCAUCAUCUGAUCCUGCACCUCCAAGGGCAAUUCAGAGAAUUGAGGAAGAAUUUGACUGUCCAAAGAAUAUCGAGCCACAUACAUCUGUUCAAAAACGAAUAUUCCAUAUAGCAGAAGGAAGAAUUCUUCUCAUCUAUCAUUAUGGUCAACAUCGUUUGCUGCAAGCUACAAGGUCAUUCGUGAAGCCAACCGAUACUCGCACCCCAACUUUAACUUCUGACAUGACACAUGGUUUUCAGCCCGAUCCCAGUGUAGAGGAUGUUCCUAUGCCACAACUGUGGAAAACUUUACAAGAAGAAAUGGAAGCAGAGGUUAGAGUAGGAGAGGAAGUUCGUAAAGGAGUUGAGGAAACAGCCACACUGAGGGCUGCAAGAGCCAAUGAAGAGAAGAAAAUAGUUUUGGUUCCAGACAUAUUUGAUAUUGACAGAAAUGAAACUGUACAAUUUAUGCUGAAACAGCGUCAAUAUCAAGAAGCCCACCGUGAAGAAACAGAGAGAAAAAAGAAAGAAGAACGGGAAGGACGUGUAGAUACAAUAGCACCUUACAUGCCACUACUUUUGGGGGAUGAUGUGGACAUGGGACCAGAUAUGGUCAGAGAAAGAUGCUUACAAGACUUGAGAGACAGAUUAGCAUUAAGGGCAAAUUUACUUCAAGACAGACUUGACCAGGCAAAAGCAUAUGUAUUAGAAUGCAGAGAAGAACUCGGUCGUCGAAAACGUUUAGGUGCUGAAGAGAGGUCACUGUUAACAGCACGCACUACAGCUGCUGAGGCUUCCCACCGUCGUCUAAGGGCACAGCUAGCUGCUUGGAAGCAUGAAGCUUCUGAAAGAUAUGAAUCUCUUACUGCUCAACUUGAUGCUAACCUUAAGCUUGGAUUAAAAAAUCUAAAGAGACCUUCAACAUCUGUUUCAAGCAAUAGUGGUGGAUUUAAUUGA